CUGGGCUGGAAAAGGAGAAAGUUUGAGAUACCUAUUCUGCACAACUCCAAAAGACGUGAAAAUCAGCAAGGAAUUAUUUUGGAAUAUAUAAAAAAUACUGGGUGGAAGAAAUACUGGAGGAGAGCCACCAGGAGGUCACGAGCCUGCCAUGUGCGCCUGGGGGGCUCGUGGGGCCCCUGUUAUCCCUCCGGCUCCCAUCUUCUGCUAUAUAGAGGGUUUUGUCCCAGAAGAAACCAAGAGAGAGAUUUCGGGAAGAAACACCGCCACCACGAGGCGGAACUUGAGCAGAACCAAUCUAGAGCUCCGGUAGGGCCGUCCUGUGGGGGAAACUUCCCUCCCGGAGGUGGAAAUCGACGCCAUCGUCAUCACCAACACUCCUCUCAUCGUAGGGGACACAUCUCCAUCAUCACCAUCUCAUCUCCAAACCCUAGUUCAUCUCUUGUACCCAAUCUCCGUCUCCCGACUUCGAUUGGUACUUCUAAGUUUGCUAGUAGUGUUAAUUACUCCUUGUAG